GGCAGAAGAACCAGGGCUGAGUGAGCGAGGUGACAAGUGCGGCUCUUAGGCCCUCUGUUCGUUUCACUUUCUGGUGCAACCAAAGGAAGGGGACCUGGUCGAAAGCUCUCCCCGCCCACACACGACUCAGCAAUGCCUGCCUCACAGUUCUCCUCGGAUUCAUUGGAAUCUCUCCUGAAGAAUCUGUCAGUAACCGACGAUGGCCCCAACCACGAGGAGAUUCUCAAACACGCCAAUAAUGUCCUGAAGUCAUCGAAGGGUCACCCGCGUGCUCUCCACACUAAGGUGGUCGCUCUGCUCAACCUCGACCGACACGAAGAUGCGUUGAAAGUAUUCACCAGUCCCGACGGCCAGAAGAUUGCCGAGACGACGAUUCUCGAACGCGCAUACUGCCUGUACAAGGUCGGAAAGCUACAGGAAGCUGUGGAGUUGGCGCAGAAAGGCGGUCAGGACUCCAGAGGAUUACAACACAUCGCCGCACAAGCUUAUUACCGAUUGGAGAACUUUGAAGAGGUCACGCGGAUCCUCAAGUCGCUGGCGGAGACACCCUACGAGAUUCCAAAUGAAGACGGAGACCUGCGAGUCAAUGCUGCGGCAACGGAUGCACAAUUGGCUUGGAGUGGGAAAGGCGGCCUAGUCAGCAACAAGAAACCAUCGAGAGAAGACUUUGACGUGUUUGAGGCCACUUUCAAUGCCGCCUGUAUCUGUCUUGCUACCAAUAAGUUCGGUCAAGCUGCGGUGCUGCUGAAGCGGGCAAGACAGUUAUGCAACGAUCUCGAGGAUCUUACUCCCGAGGAGAAGGAGCUGGAAUUGGAGCCCGUUAAUGUGCAGGAAAUCUACCUGUUGGCAAGAACCGGACAGCUUGAACGUGCGAAGGAGCUGGCGGCCAGCUUUGACGCUAACAGUGUCGAGGACGAGGCUAUUAAAGUCAUCGCUACAAUCAAUAAGAUCGCUGUCGAGGCACAGGGAGAGGACUACAACCCAUACCUUGCAUUCAAGAACUAUACUGAAGCUACGAAAAAUGCCACAUCGCUCGCAGCCCGGCCUUUUGGCUUCCAAUCGAAGAUCCUGAAGCUGGAUGAGGCGAUACUGGACCUCGACGCUGGCAAGUCCAACGCUUCCCAGUCCAAGGCCACCGAAUACCACAACCUUUACCCAACCGACAAGAGUGUCAAUGUUAUCAAUGCGGCUGCUCAGACUGUAAACAAGACCGGCAAAGAGGUAACCACGAAGAUCGAGCAGAUGUUUGAAGCUAACUCCGUCGAUGUCGGAUUGGCUCUCACAUUAAUCCAACUUCGCAUGAGCACUGGAAACAUCACGGGAUCAAUCAGCACACUGGAGCUACUAUUCAGCAAACUUGAGCCAGAAAAGCGCUAUCAGCCUGGCCUUGUAGGACUACUGGUGGCCUUGUACGAACACCAAGGGCGGAAGCAACAUGUGAGGAAGAUGUUGUCUGAAGCCAGUGAGUGGUGGAAGCAGUCUUCGCAACCAAACACUGCGGUUCUUCGCGCCGCCGCCAAGUCUAAGCUCGAAUCCGAGAACACCGCCGAGCUCACCUCAGCUGGAGAGCUGUACUCCACUCUCCUUGCCGCGAAUCCCUCGGACCGUAACGCGGUUGCCGGACUGGUCGCCUCGUACGCCACGACGGAUCCUUCGAAAGUAUCCAGUUAUGCGGACACAUUGACGCCGGUCGAGAAACUCAUCGCUGGCGUAGACGUUUCUGCUCUCGAAUCCUUCGGUGUCGCCCAGCCUUCUCGGAAGCGCGCAGCGGAAGAAGAAGCCAUGCCCCUGGUGAAGGCGAAGAAGACCAAGAAAAAGAAGCCCCGCCUCCCACCGAACGCCGAUCCUUCGAAGAAGUUGGAUCCUGAGCGUUGGCUGCCAAUGCGGGACAGAAGCUACUACAAGCCCAAGGGACGGAAGGGCAAGCAGAAGGUGGCUGCGGCGACGCAGGGUGGACCGGUGGCGGAAGAGAGCAUGGAGCUUACUGGCGGUGGCCGGUUAGAUGUCCUCAAGGUUGACCAGGCAAAGAAGGCAGGCGGAGGAGGCCCGGCGAACAAAAAGAAGAAGAAGAAGGGCGGCAAGUGGUAGGAUUGUUGUGUAGCCAACGCAGCACAUUACCCAUCAUUCAGGGAAACAUCUAGACCCAAUAUAGGUGUUGCAGUGUGUACGG